AUGUCAGGUGAUAAAUUUCACAGUACAAUUGAGCUAUUAUCUGUAGAACUUUGGCGAGAAAUCUUUGAAUAUUUCAAUGCAAAUGAUUUAUGGUAUUCAUUUCGUGAUUUGAAUAGAAAAAUUGAUGCAAUUAUUGAUCGAACAGUGUUAUAUUUAAAUUUUACAAAGCAAGGUACUUAUGAUUAUUUUAUGAAAAAUAUUUUAUUGUCAAUGAAGGCUAUUAAUGUUCGAUCAUUAAAGUUUACAAAUUCCAAUGAAAUACAACAUUUUUUCUCGAAUUUUUCUCUUGAUUCAUUAAUUUAUCUUCGUUUAUUAUCUUUAAAGUCUAUGUAUUCUUUUAAUGAUAAUUUGUUUAUAUUCUGCAGUCAACUUUCAUCUUUGAAAUAUCUACAAUCAUUAGAAAUUAUUUUUUGUGGUAUUUCGCAAGUUAAUAAUUGUGUUCAGGAAAAGAAAUAUAUUAUUCAUUCGAUAUUUAAUAAAGAUUAUUGUCCAUCAUUAAAAUCUUUCAUCAUUAGUACUUGUGGUACGCAACAAGACACAUCCGAAAUUACAUCGAUAAUUACAACAACUAAAACAACAAAUAUUCAACAUGUAUCGAUCGAUCUAUUGACUUUUAAUGAUUUAAUUAAAUUACUUCCUGCUCUACAAAAUGUUAAAUCAUUUUAUACGGAUAAUCUGUUAUUUAAUGAUGGUAUGUCUAAUGAACAACACCAGUCAAUGAUAAUUAUCAUGCCAUUGUUACCUAGAUGUAUUCGUUUGCAUGUAAAAUUAUCCGAUGAUAUAAAAUUUGAACAUGUCGAAUAUUUAUUAAAGCAAACACCGAAUUUAAAAAAAUUAUUUAUAUGGGGUUGGUAUCCUUUACUUCAUGCUAAGAAAUGGGAAUCUUUACUAUCUAUAUACUGUACAAAAUUGAUAAAUUUUCAAUUAAUAUGUACUGGAUAUAUUUUUUAUGAUAAUUUUGGUCAUGCAAUAGAUGAUUUUAAACAAAUAUGUCAAGUAACAUCAUUUUGGUUCGAACGAAAUGCUACCAUUUCAUAUGAUGAAGAUUGUUUGAGUCAUGGUUAUUGUACUGACAUUAAUGUUCAAUUUAAUAUUAAAAACAAAGUGAGUUUAAUACGAAAUUCUCAUUGUUUGCAAUAUUAA